AUGAUGCGGCGGCUCGGAGUCGCGUGUGGCCCCAUGGUGUUCGUGCCCUUCCUGGGGGCCGCCGUGGAGAUGAAGGGCGCGGCGCAGCCUUCGCACGAAGGCCUCAUCGCGAUCGCGGGCCCCGUGCUCGGGGCCGCGGCGGCCCUGGUGCCGCUGGCCGCCGGCGCGGCCCUGGGCUCGGACCUGCUGCUGCGCCUGGCGUCCUGGGGCCUGCUGCUGAACCUGCUCAACCUGCUGCCCAUCAGGCACCUCGACGGCGGCCGGAUCCUAGCGGUGCUCGGCGCGGAAGCGCGCCUGGCGCUGCUUGGGCUCCUCGCGCUCGGGCUGCUCGUGCAGCCCGGCCACAUGUCGGCCCUGUUCUUUGCGCUCGGGGCCUUCGCGACCAGGCCCUGGCAGCCGGCGAUGAGCUCUGCGGGGGCGCUGGCGGCUCCCCAGGGCGUGGCCUUGGCCGCAGCCUACGGGGCCCUCGUGGGCUCCCUGCUGGUCGCGUGCCAGGGCGCCUGGCGCUACCGGCAGGCGCUGGCUGCCCCGGACGGGCCCGCGCCAGCGGCCUGA